AUGGCGACUAACUUGACAAGUCUCCUCCUGUUCAUCGUCCUCUUGGUCAGUCAAGAGACUCCGACGAGCGGAUUCUUGCCUCCUGUCCCCCGCAUCCUUCACAGACCUGUCAGACACUCGUUACCUCUCAGAUGCGAGAACGAGGAUGGGCGUGGCAACGGGGAGGAGAGGGAGGGAGCAGAGAGCAUCUUCGAUAGAGCGGGCAAGAGCAGAUACGAGUCCUUCUACAAGAAUGCAGCAGACAGUCAGGCUAUCGACGUGGAGUCGACGACCUUGAAGGUUGAGAAGCAAACGAAUCCGUUCUUCGUCGGGUACUCCGAUGCAGAGCUGGCAGGUGUGUGGGCUGUGCAUGAGAAACAUUAUGGUGCUCGGCCAGAGGAGGAGCGGAGGGUGCUUCCGACGUUAGGAGACAUGCCGAUCUUCGGGGCACCCAUGAUGGAGGAGAAGGCAGAGCUGGAGGAGGAGGAGGAGGAGGAGGAGAAAGAAUUGGAAGGCGUGCGGUUCUUGUGCUCGAGCGUGGAGAACCCUGCGAGCAACUUCGACGUAGUUGUUGACCCUGACGUGCACUGGGAUGACUUCAUCUCUAUCCUGGAGAAGGAGGCAGGAGGAAGAGUAGCUUUCGAGUACGAUGCUGGAGAAGGGAGGAGGUCUGUGGGGUCGGAAGAAGACUUUGAGGGGAUGUGGGACGACGUUCAGCAGAAGAAGGUGUGUUGA